GCACCGGCGGACAUACACAUAUAAUUUUCGGAAAUAUUCAUAUCGGAUACUUAAGGACGAUAUUUUUAUUAGAAUGAGAAAGAGAUUCAUUUCAGAGAAUGUAUUAUUUUAAUAUUAAUAAUAAAAGUUAUUUAAAUAUCGACGGUCUGUUCAAAGUUUGUAAUUGCACCUGUGUAAACUUCCAGUAUGUGUCGCAAGCUGAAAAGGUUUCGAACAGUGACAUCUUACGGUGAAGAAUAAAACCAUAAUCUGUAGAAAGAUACACAUAAUAUGCAUUCUAUGUCGAGUAGGUAAUGCUGAUACAAUAAAACUCGUAUCAUGCGUUAAAAAUAUAUACAAUAUAUUACACGGUGUUAAGGGGAAACUGUAGGUAGACGUUUAAAAUAAGAUCUAAGAAAUUGAAAAAUGAUAACAGUAAGCCCAAACUAUCAGUUAAAUAAUACCCAGGUUAUCCAAAAUCGGUUCAAGUUAAUUAAUGAAUGGAAACCGCAACGUGAAGUUUGGUCUUUAAGAUAUGGAGAUUCUAUAAUAGCAGGGAUGGCUGCUAUUAACGGAGCAAUAAUUAAUUCAAUGUUUCGACAAUCACUGAAAUUACGUCACCAUGGUUGGAGAUUUACUAUGAUAUUUGUAUCAUCAGGACCAGCACUUGCUGCAUAUUCUUGUCAUAAAUCUUUUAUUACAGAAAGUCUGUUAUUAUAUCGACCUAAAUGUAUGACGUGUCAAGAAAUAAAAGCAUCUGCAUUCAUCGAGGCUAAUUCAUUAAUAUAUUCCUUAUUAGCAGCUCCAACAAUAAAUCUUGCGAUUGCUGGAAGUAUAGGAUAUAGAAUUCCAUAUAUAUAUGAAGGAAAAGAACUUCUGAAAUUCUGGUGGAACGUUGUCAGACCUCAGGCUAGAAUCAUAUCAUUUCUAGUCCUCUGUAAUAUGCUUAUAGCUAGCACAGUGACCUACUCGCAAAUAACAUCAAUGGAUAAAAUAACAAGUACUGUAAUAAAGAUUCAUAAAUACCUAGAAAAUAGAAAGGAUAUAAGCACAGAUCCUAAACUGUCAAAUACAAACUCACUUCCUUAA